AGCAGCUUGAGCGCCCAAGCCGUUUUUUUUCACCGGGAGGCCGGCAGGCUCGGCUUGCCGCCCGCCCGCUCGCGCGCCCCCCAUGGAUGGGCCGAAUUUUCCACCACCCCUACCAUCGGCAGAUCGGCCCAUCACCCAUGACAGAGAAGCUGGUGGCGCACUACGCGGACAAGGGCGCUCUCGACCUGCAUACGAGCAGCUGCGCCGAGCUGCAGAUCGCACGGAUCUACACCAGGAAGCAGACUCAGAUUUGCCUCGCGAACGGGUACGACAGCGGCAACGACAACUCCGACGACGACGAGCAGGACGGAUAUCUGUUCACGGAGCGCUACUACCACGACAAUGGCAACCAGAAACACUUCCGGACAUACCAGCAGUUGCCAGGACUGGGUGGCGGACCUCCGGUCCAGCGGGUCGUAGAGGAGAAGCACUUCGAUGUGGGCGGCGUGUGCCGGAUGGACAUUCAUUUCGGCUUGGGCCAGCCGUAUCUGAGCAGGAAACAUUUUUACGAGAAUCAGCGCCUGAAGUCGGAGCAGCUCUUUUUCGUUGAGGACGAGCGCACGAUGGCCUCCAGGAAGGCGGGCCACUGGCGCGAAUACUAUCCGGGAGGGAACGUCAAGUCGGAGGUCGUGUACGAUGCCAAUGGUAUGCGUUGUGGCUUCUGCAAGCGCUACGGCGAGGACGGUACAGUGUUGUGGGUCAAAGACUACACGAAGGAGUACCAAAACAGGAUCGACGACUUCAACUCGCGCAAGGGCCUCGUGGACCUGAGCUCCGUCGACGAGGCCGCGCAGCUGCUGGGCUUCAAGGAGGGCAAGCUGCCGCAGGACGCCGGCGAGGUCGACAGGAUGUACCGCAAGCGCUGCCUCCCGCUGCACCCGGACAAGACGCCCGACCCGGACGCCGCGGAGCGCUUCAUCGAGGUUAGCCGCGCGCGGGAGCUCCUGCUCAAGCACCUGGCCGACCUCGCGGGCUCCUGAGGAGAGCUGUCGGCGGCGCCCCGCCCCCCCGCGCCCCGUGCCGAAGGAGGCCCGAGAAGCCGCGGUCGUCUCUUCCGGCGCAUGCGGGCGCGGGAGUCUGGGGAUCAGCGUUAUCGGCACCUUUUUUUUGGUUUCCCCACGUUUGAUUUCAAGGGGGAGCCUGUCUUAUUCAAGUCCUGCAGGCGUGCCAGUUCUACACUUGGAGGGCACUUUCUUGUGCAGGCACGCAUGGCCACGAGUGGAUGCCACUCGUGGCAUCGGUUCUCCCAUUCUAGACGUUUUCACGCGGAUUGCUAUGUUUGUUUCGCCGAUCAAGAGGUGCAUGCUGACAUCUUCUGCGCCCCUUCACAAUCAUCACAUGAUACGCAAGCGAGCAAUAUGCACAAUUAUCUGGGGACGGCAACUGGGCCCCAAAGAAGCUAGUCUUCUCUCGAGCCGCUGAGCUCUAAGCCUUGGGUCGAGAUCUGGCUCAAGCCUUCGGCCGUUUCGGUGGCAGGGAUGUCUUGCGCAUGCCUCCC